UCAACAAAACAGGAAACAUCCGUCAUGGACUUGUGGUACCUUUACGAGUGGAUCGAUAUCAAAAGUAUUUUGAUAUUUCUGUGUGUGUUUUUAUUGCUGGGUGAUUAUAUAAAAAAUAAAGCACCAAAGAACUUUCCUCCUGGACCCUGGUCUUUGCCGAUAAUAGGAGAUCUUCAUCAUAUCGAUAAUAGUAAGAUUCAUCUUCAGUUCACAAAGUUUGCAGAAAGAUAUGGCAAUAUUUUCAGCUUUAGACUUUUUGGACCAAGAAUUGUGGUGUUGAACGGGUAUAACUUGGUCAAAGAGGUGUAUAUAAAACAAGGAGACAACCUCGCUGAUCGACCAGUGUUACCACUAUUUUAUGAAAUCGUUGGAGACAAAGGUUUAAUUCUUUCCAGCGGAUAUAAAUGGAAGCAUCAGAGGAGAUUUGCACUCUCGACUCUUCGAAAUUUCGGAUUGGGGAAGAAAAGCCUGGAGCCAUCUAUCAAUGUUGAAUGUGGCUUUCUGAAUGAGGCCAUCUCAAAUGAACAAGGUCGACCCUUUGACCCUCGCUUACUUCUGAACAAUGCUGUCUCAAAUGUGAUCUGCGUGCUGGUGUUUGGUAAUCGAUUUGACUACAGUGACCAUCACUUCCAGACUCUGCUGAAGAACAUCAGUGAAGCUGUGUAUCUGGAAGGAAGCAUCUGCAAUCAACUUUACAACAUGUUCCCAUGGCUCAUGGAGCGACUGCCUGGACCACAUAAGACAAUUAUUACUCUGUGGCGGAAGGUGACUGACUUUGUUCGAGAGAAGGUGAAUGAACACAGAGUGGAUUAUGAUCCAUCAAAUCCUCGAGACUACAUUGACUGCUUUCUAACUGAGAUGGAAAAGCUCAAAGACGACACAGCUGCAGGGUUUGAUGUGGAGAACUUGUGCAUCUGUUCUCUGGAUCUGUUUGUAGCAGGAACUGAGACCACCUCCACCACUCUGUACUGGGGUCUUCUCUACAUGAUAAAAUAUCCUGAGAUACAAGCUAAAGUUCAGGAGGAGAUUGAUGCCGUUGUUGGAGGCUCAAGGCAGCCAUCUGUAUCAGACAGAGACAACAUGCCCUACACCAAUGCUGUCAUUCAUGAGAUACAAAGGAUGGGAAAUAUAGCCCCAAUAAAUCUGGCCAGGAGUACUUCAGAAGACACCCAGAUAGGAAAUUACUCUAUUCCAAAGGGCACAAUGGUGACCAGUAAUUUGACAUCAGUGCUGUUUGAUGAGUCUGAGUGGGAGACGCCUCACUCUUUUAACCCGGGUCACUUCCUGGAUGCUGAGGGCAAAUUCAGGAGGAGAGAUGCCUUUUUACCUUUUUCUCUAGGAAAGAGAGUGUGUCUUGGGGAGCAGUUGGCGAGGAUGGAGCUCUUCCUCUUCUUUUCCUCUCUGCUGCAGCGCUUCACUUUCUCUCCACCAGCGGGUGUGGAGCCCAGCCUGGAUUAUAAAAUGGGGGGCACACACUGUCCUAAGCCAUUUAAACUGUGUGCAGUUCCACGCUAAAUUAAGAAACACUCAUGCAAACCUUUC